GGAGACCAUGAUUCACCCUCAGUUCCUGGAAGAAUCACUUUGCACUGAACCGUAUAUAAAUAUUUUGGACCUAACACAAGAGCUGGAGCAGGAGGCAGGACUCAUCCCUGACCAGCACUCAAGACCUUUUGAGGCAGCUGCCAGCCAAGAUGCAGAGAAACAUAAACACUGCACCGACCAAGGAGUCUGCACGCCGAACUGGCCCCCAGAGGUGACUUCCCAGGACCUGAAGAGGCGCAGGGCCACAGAGCCAGAGCUGUGGGUCCAAAGGACACUGCGAUCCUCCCAAGCUGUCAAGUGUCUCCCUCACUGGGGGCCAUCCGGUCCAACCAUCCACCCCAGAACCACAAAUCCUCCUCCCUAAACCUGAGGGGAAAGGUGCUGGGGGACACAGAGGAGCCACUUCCUCUGGGUGGCCACAUGGGACAGCCAAUGGAUGCAGUGUGGACGAUGUCCUCCAAUGCCUGGACUUCCUCCUGGUCUGCCAGCACCAUCUGCUGCCCUGGGCUCUGUGCCAGAGCCAGGGCCCUCACAUGGAACCCCUCUGCUCAGGAGACCAAGCACCCCAGGCCCCACCUGCCCAGACAGGCAGCCUCAUCCCCCAUCCUCCU